AUGACACAUUCAAAUGGAUUUGACAAUGUAAAUCCAUCUCAAGCUGAUUUCCCGCUUGCAUUUGCAAAGCAUAGACAACCGUUUACUGCUGCCACAACUGCUCAAACAAGUGAAGUAAAUUUAGAUACUCUCCUCUCGAAAAAACUAGAAUCAUUUCUGGGAGAAAUCAAGAUGGAAUCAAAUAAAACCCGUGAAGCUAUUGAAGAAUUGCGAGGCGAACUGCGCAAACAUGUUGAAGUGUCGAAAAAGAAAAUCGAAGCUGUCGAAAAGAAAGUCCAAAGAUUAGAAGUAGAAUUUCAAGAUUACACAUCUAUGAUUAAUCGUACAAUGGAAACUGUCUGUUUGAUCAUUGCUCAUAAUGUAAAGGUAGCUGGUGGUGACAAGGAAUACCUCAUAUCAGAAGCUCAAAAUUUUAAAACUUGUUCUACUCGGUUGAAACUUAACGAAUGA